AUGAAUUCAACAAUGAUGCAGCCUUCCAAUACAACGACAACAACGUCGCCGACUCAGAUCAAGACUAAGAGAAGAAGAAGAGCCCCACCUUCUGGCGCUUCAGAGCCUUGUCACACAUGCCGACAAAAUGGCCGUGUGUGUGACCGAAGGCGACCAUACUGCACACAGUGCAUUGAAACAAAAGGAACAUGCUCUGGAUAUCGAACUCAGCUCACAUGGGGCGUCGGUGUGGCUAGCAGAGGAAAGUUGAGGGGCUUAAGUCUUCCUGUUCCUCUUUCCGAUGAAGAAAGAGCAAAGAAGAACAGCGCUAUGGCUGCUGAAAAGAAGGAGGAGAAGAAGAAGUUGAAGGCUGCUGGUGCCAAUACUGGUGCUGGUAUCUCCAAGCACAGUGCUUCUGCUUCCAUUUCUUCUCUUGCGUCUGUUAGAAGCAUGAGCACCCAGGAUCUUGCUACUUUGACCAGCAUGAAUUCAAUCCCAUCGAACAUCUCGGCUUACAAUUCGCCUACUGAGCCUAUGGCUCCUUCGUAUCCUCAAUACCCGCAGCUUUCUUCCUUGAACACCGCAAACCAUCCACCUCAAUUCCAGAAGCUUAUGCAAGCUGCCCACCACGCCCAUGGCGGUUUGUCUCUACUUCUAUCUCCUAUGGAUGAUAUGCACAGCCAACAUGUUGAAUAUCAUGCUGAUGGCAGCUCUACUCCUGAGAUCUACUCUCCUUUAUACUCUCCAGUCGACGGUGGCUACCUCCACAGCCCAGUUGACAUAAUUCACAUUUCCCAAAGCAGAUCUCAUCCUCCAACUUCAGUCCCUGAUCACGUCAGCGACUUCUUUGAGGAAGAGUCUUCCGUUGGCCACAGCAGCCCCUCAAUUCACGGCCACCAAGAUGAUAACUCACCAGAUGCCGAAGCUGAUGGAGCUAUCUCUGCACUUCUAUACGACGAAGAAAUGUUGAAUAAUAUGUAUCACUACUCCCGCCCAAACACUGCCCAUACCAAUAGCCAGUUUAAUGGAAACGCCUCUCCAUCUACCGGUUACAACUCUUCCCCAGCCAAUUCUCCUUCCCCUCCUCCAUUGGUUCACUCCAAUUCUUUCCCAAGUGGCCAUUACCCAUCCUACUCUCCAAGCUCCGCUGCUCGCCCCCAGCAAUUAGCUCGCCUUCAAACGGGCCCAGCUCAUCCACAUCUCCAGAUUUCUUCUCCUACUUCUUAUCCACCAACCCCCAAUUCCAUGUCUCCUUCUACUCCGACUACUCCGAUCUACGGGCACUGCUUGUCGACUCCACCACCAACAUCAAUGCCUCCAACCUCGGCUGCUGGUAGCGCAUCGACUUUAACUUCGCCUGCCGUUCUCCUGCAACAACAGCUUUUGCAAAACCAGAAUGCAAUCAUGCAACAGCAACAACGCCAGCGACUCUUGCACCAGCAGCAUCAGCAACAGCAACAGCAGCAGAACAGCAUCGCUGCUGCUGACCAGCAGUUCUACCUUUCCCACUUGGGUUGA